AUGCCUGAUCUGCAGCCUGAUGACCUGUGGACAGAAGAGCAGCAGCAACAGCAGCAAGAGCAGCAGCAGCAAGAGCAGCAGGAGCAGCAGCAGCAGCAGCAGCAGCAGGAAGAAGAAGCUUGGGGAGACGAGGAAGGUUUUGUGUCUGUAAGAUCAGAAGAAUUUCCUACCCGUAUAUGGAGUUCUUAUGAAGCUGAGCUGCAGCAGCAGCAGCAGCAGCAGCAGCAGCAGCAACAGCAACAGCAGCAGCAGCAACAGCAGCAACAGCAACAGCAGCAGCAACAGCAGCAACAGCAGCAGCAACAGCAGCAACGGAGACAAGAGCGAGGCUUUCUGAAGCCAUUCUACCCGAGGCGUAGGCCCUACCAGCAGCAGCAGCAACAGCAGCAGCAGCAAUACCAGCAGCAGCAGCAGCGGCAGCAGCACCAGUACCAGCACCAGCAACUGCAGCAGCAGCAGCAGCAGCAGCAAGGGAGAUGGGAGAAUGAGGGAUCUGCUGCUGCAGCAGAGAUAUCGCGCUGCAGGUCGUUAGAUCAGCUGCUGCAGCUGCUGCACCGUCUUGCUGCUGAGAAGCCGCUGCAGCAGCAGCAACCUGUUGUGCUGCUACGGGCACUGCAGCAGCUUGCUGCUGUUGCUUCAGACAGCAGCAGCAGCAGCAGCAGCAAACGCAUGCAAGGCCACAGGCCCCACAACCAAAUAGCACGCUUUCCCAUAGUCAAGGACUUGCUGCAUGCAUUAGAGCAGCAAAGAACAUCUAUAGAAGCACCAGGUGCAGCAGCAGCCCUUAGGAGUCUUAGCCGUCUGCGUCUGGUGCCGCAGCAGCCGCUGCUGCGUGCAUUGAUGUUUCCCCUUAUAAGCAGCAGCAGCAGCAGCAGCAGCAGCAACAGCAGCAGCAACAGCAGCAGCGGGGAAGAAGGGAAGAUCAGAUGGAACCUUACUCCUGAAGGAUUAGUUUCUUUGUGGCGAGCAGCAGAUGAAAUGCCUUUGCUGCAGCGGCAAAAGCUGCUGAUGCAGCAGCUCGUUGAUCAUACAACUGAGCAGCUUAAUCAAACAGCAGCAGCUGCUGCAGCUGGUCCUGCUGCUGCUGCUGCUGCUGCUGCUGCUGCUAGGGAAGCAGAACCAUUGAUGCCGCAGCAUGCGGUGACGAUCGGCCGCUGCGCUGCUCGCAUGCGAUUUGGCUGUACCUUCACCUCGUUGACGGAGGGCCUGAGCAAGUAUGUCUGCACGUGCUUGGGCGUUGAUCCACGGGAACAGCAGCAGCAGCAGCAGCAACAGCAGCAGCAGCAGCAGCACGGGCUGCACAGCGUGACGCGAAGGGACAGAUUUCUUGCCCUAUCGAAGUGCCUCUUUGCGCUCGCUCGGCUGGAGGAGCAGCAGCACCAGCAGCAGCAACAGCAGCAACAGCAGCAGCAGCAGCAGCCUAAUGAGCUAAGGCCUUGUGUAUUUUCUACAGAAGAGAUGCAAAAGUUGCUGCUGUGUGCUGCAGCAGACUUGCAUUGGCUGCAGCCACAGGAGAUGCCUUUGCUGCUUGCUGCAGUAAAUUCCCUGCUGCUGCUGCAGCAGCAACAGCAACAGCAGCAACAGCAGCAACAGCAGCAGCAGGAGGGAGACACCAGCCCAGUCGAAGCAACAGCAAUAGCAACAGCAACAACAGCUGCUGCUCCAUCGUCUUUACAGGCUGCUGCUGCAGCAUUUGCUGCUGCUUGCCGUGCUGCUGUACUGCAGCAUCUGCAGCAGCAAACCCUUAACAAAGAGGAGACGGUCCUGCAGUUGCUGCUGCAUCUUCAUGUGCUGCAUGCACGUUGCGGCCUGCUGCCCACGGAGUCUGCUGCUGCUGCUGCUGAUAUUGAUGACCUUGCUGCUGCUGCAGAGUGGCAGGACGUUGCUGCAGCACUUGCUGCUGCUGCCGAGGCUCUGCGGCUAGGGAACUCCCUAGCAGCAGCUGCUGCUGCAGCAGCAGCAGCAGGAGUUACCUCGUCAGAGGGGGCGUCCAAGACAGUCGAGGCGGGUGCAGCAGCUGCUGCAGCUGCUGUUACAGCAGCAGCAGCAGCAGAGACAGCUGCUCUCCAUCGUCUGCUGCUGCACUACGGCGUUGCAGCGCAGCAGGACAUUGUUACUGUUGGGCCUUUGCUGUUGCAGCAGUAUAGCAGGGAUCCUGUAGCAGCAGCAGCUGCUGCUGCUAAGCUAAGAGCGGCAAACACAGCAUCGCGAGAUUCUGCUGCUGCUGCUGCUGCAGCAGCAGCGCAGCAGGAGAAGGAUCGCUUUCGAACCAUCAUUGCUACUACUUCUGCUGAAGAGGUGCUGCAGGUCGUUGCAGCAGAAGCAAACCGAUACAGAGAGAAGCAGCAGCAGCAGGAGCAGCAGCAGCAGCAGCAGCAGCAGCAGCAGCGCAGGAUAGAAACGGCAGCAGCAGAGGAGGAUGCCGCAGACAAAGCAGCAGCAACAGCAGCAGAUGCGCUAUACGGCUUGGAUCCCAAGAGCAUAACAGCAGCACUACACCAACUCGCUGUUCUCUGGCAGCAGCAGCAGCAGCAGCAGCAGCAGCAGCAGGAGCUGCUGCUGCGGCUGCUUCUGGAUGACAGAAUGCUUCUGCUGCUGGCAGCAGCAGCAGCAUAUGUCCCUCGUGCUGACGGCAGUAGCACCCGCAUACUAUGGGCACUGCAGCGGCUCGGUUUGCUAGGCUCUUUGCCUCUGCUGCAGCAGCAGCAACAGCAGCAGCAGCAACAGCAGCAGCAGCAGCAACACCAGCAAGAACAGCAGCAGAAAUACCAGCAGCUGCUGUCUCUAAGGAGCCGUCUGAUUGAAUCCUUGCUGCUGCGGCUGCAGCAACUCUGCGAGCAGCAGCGGCUGCUGCCGCAGCAGCUUGCUGCAGCAUUCCGCUUGCUUGCUGCUAUGACUGAAGAGGGUGACACAGCAGCAGCAGCAGCAGAAGGAGCAGCAGCAGCAGGAGUAGCGGACAUCGGACAGGAGCAGCAGGCAAUAAGGACUGCUGCUGCGGAUGCAGACAUAGCAGCAGCAACAAGGAAUGUGCGUCUUGCUGCUGCUGUCUGCACCACCAUGCUGCAGCAAGUGCAGCAGCUGCAAGCAGCAGAAGCGUCAUCUGUGCUGCUGGCCCUAGCAAAGCUGCGGUGGCUAGUGCUGCCAACCCAACAGCAGCAGCAGCAGCAGCAGCAUCAGGAGCAACAGGAGGAGGAGGUAGAGGAGGUGGUGUUGCUGCAGCUGCUAAUUCAGCAGCAGCUAGUUCCUGCGCUGCUGCAGCGCAUGCAGCAGCUGCUGCCUGUCUGCAACACCCAGAGCAUUGCUGCUGCUAUAUGGGGCGCUGCAGUUCUGCAGCAGCAACAGGAGCUGCUGCUGCAGCAGCAGCAUAAACAGCAAACCGUCUCGGAGAUUGCUGCUGCUGCUGCAACCUUGCGAGAGGCGGUAGUCGACUUUGUUGCUACUGCAGCGCAGCAGCUGCAGCAGCAGCGGCUAGUGCCACGGGAGGGGCCGCGCUGCCUAAUGCUGCUGCUGCAGGCCUUUGUGCAACUCGCCCCGUUGCUGCUGCAGCAGAAACAGCAAAAGGAGGAGCAUUCCCUGCAGCAGCAGCAGCUGCUGCUGCUCGACGUCAUCCAGGCAGCAUUGAAGCGCACCACUGGUAGCAGCAGUGCUGCACUGCUACAAAACGCACAGCAGCAACCCACAGGUGACCCCUAUGCUGCAGCAAAUGCUGCAUGGUUUGAGGGAUUGUGUGGGGCCCUGAUUGAUGCAGCAGCAGCAGUUAAGGCAGCUGUCACGGCGGAGCCUCUGCAGCAGCAGCAGCAGCAGCAGGAAGAGCAGCAGCAGCAAGAGGAGGAGGAACAGCAGGGGCAGCAGCAUUCCGUUUUGCCUUAUAGGAUUGGCAUCCGUUUGCUGCAGUCGCUGCUGUCUGCUGCUGCUGCGCUGCAGCAAAAUUCAGGUGUACGUGCAGCACAACAGUAUAUAGAUACAUAUGCUGCAGCAGCAGCACAACGAUCUUUGCUGCAGGCAGCAGAGCAGCUAAGGAGGUCAAUACUAAGACAGCUUGCAGCAGCAGCAGAAGAACAGGAAGCAGCAGCAGCAAGAGAAGCAGCAGCAACAGCUGCUGGUGCUGCUGCUUCUACUGCUGCUGCCGCAACAGAGGGAGAAGCAACAGGGAUACAGCCUGCAGCAGCAGCAGCAGCAUCUGCUGUCUAUACACCCCGAAAACAGCAGCUAGUGAGGGCAGCGCUGCAGGCAUUAAGUGCUGCUAGACGUCUUGAUGGGCUGCAGCAAGUGCAGGAAGCAGCAGCAGCAGCAGCACGAGCAGCAGCAGUAACGGAGACGUUACUCCCCGUAGCAGCAGACCCCACAGCAGCAGCAGAAGCAACAGUAGAGAAGAACACAUUGGCGCUGCAGCUAAUCAAGCAUUUGCUGCUGCUGCUGCCUCCUAAUGCAACUGAGCUGCUGCUGCAGCUGCUGUCCGAAGCACAACGCCCUGUGCAGCUGCUGCAGCUGUCUGCGCAGCAGCUGCAGCGCCAGCAGCAGCAGUAUCAGCAACACCAGCAACAGAAGAAUGCAGGGCAGCAGCUCCUGCACAGUUCUGAGACCCCUAGAUCUGCUGCUGCUGCUGCUGCUUCUGCUGCUGGAUCUCGUCGCACUUUAACAUCGCGAUCUCGUGCAGCAGCAGCAGCAAGAGCAGGUGCUGCUGCUGCUGCAGCAGAGCAGCAGCUGCAGUCAUUUGCUGCUGCACUUGGUAGCUGGAUCGAAGCCAACUUGUAUAAACUCGAUCCAGAGGUGCAGCAGCAGCAGCAAAUGCUGCUGCUGCCUCUUGUUGAAUCCUUAGGGCUGCAGCAGCUGCUGCUGAAUACAUUAGAAAGCCAGACAGAACUAACACAGCAGCAGCAGCAGCAGCAGCAGCAGCAGCAGCACGGUGCCAGACAGCAGCUGCUGCUGCUGCUGCGGUGGAAGCGACGCCUUGGACUACAGAGGGUUGCUGCGCUGUUUGCUGCUGUUGGCUCGAAGCUGCUGCUGCUGCCUCCCCAAGAACAAGCAGCAGCAGCAGCAGAUCUGCUGCUAGUGCUGCAGCGCCUGCAGCAAGACGAGCGGGAAGCUGCUGCUGCUGCUGCACUUCAAGCUUCUGGAAUCGGGAGCAGCAGCAGCAAAAGCAGCACCAACACCAGCAGCAAAAGCAGCAACAGCAGCAGCAACGGCAACAGCAGCAGCAGGAAACGCGGCAGCAGCAACAACAGCAGCAACAGCAACAAUGUUCAGGAGAAACCUUCAGCUCUGCUGCUGCAGUCGUUGCUGCAGCUGUUGGCUGCUGCCCCGCCAGCACACGCUCAAUGUAAAUACGAGGGAGAGGAGGAGGAGGAGCAGCAGCAAGAACAGCAGCAGCAGAAGCAGCAGGAGUCGCUGUGGAGUUUGCUGGACUUGAGGACUGCAGCUCGCGCUGCAGUUGCUGCAAAGGAUUUGCUGCAGCAGCAGCAGCAGCAGCAGCAAAUCUCAACCGGUGCAGCAGCAGCUUUGCUGCAGUCUCCAAUAACAGAUUUGCUGCAGCGAUUAAAGGGUACGGAUAUGCAUGCUGAUGGGCCUGCUGCUGCUGCUGCUGCUGCUGCUGCAACAAGCAACCGCACUGCAUGGAACGGCGGUUACGGGAUGUCUGCUGCAGCUCUGGCUGCUGCUGCUGCUGCGCUGCUGCGAUUGCGCCCCUUCAUGCAGCAGGAGCAAGCAGCAGCAGCAACAGCAGCAGCUCGGCAAGUGCUGCUGCGCCUCUGCAGUACUGCAGCAAUGAAGCAGCAACAGCAGCAGCAAGAGCAGCAGCAUGCGUCCGCCCUCGCCAACACAGCAGCAGCACUGCUUCGUGAGUUGCCGCAGCUACUUCAGCAGGGGACAGCAGCAGCAGCAGCAAAUGGUGCUGCUGCUGCUGCUGGUGCACCAUUGCAACUGUUGUCUCCCGAGAGCAGCAGCAUAUUUGCUGCUGCAGCGAAGCUGCUGCGGGCUGCAUGCGAAUAUUCUCUGCUGCUGCCGUGGGGGCAUCGGCUGUCUCUUGCUCAUGCAGCGUCUGCAAUAGCGUUGCAUGCAGCAGCAGCAGCAGUUGCUGCUGGGCCUGCAACAGAGUCAGCAGCAGCAGCAGACGCAUGCAAGACACUGACAGCAGCUGCAGCGCUGAUGCGGUCCUGCUGCAGCACAAUGCGUAUACCUGCUGUUGCUGCAGUCUCUGCUGCUGCACCCUUAGGAAAGGCCUUUGCUGCUGCCCAGAAGCUGCGGCCCAUAGCCGCAGCAGCCGCAGCAACAGCAACAACAGCUGCAACAAGAACAACAGCAACAACAGCAGCAGCAGCAGUAGCAGCAGAACUAAAUAAAGCUAUAGAAGACAUCGAUGCAGCAAUCAGCUGCUUAUCUGCUGCAGCAGAGGAUUUGCUCCUCGGCCCUUCUGGUGCAGAAGCAGUAGCAGCAGCAGCUGCUGCUGCAGCAACAGAAGCAGCAGCAGAAGAAGAGGGCAUCAACCAAUUGGCAGCUCCCCACGGUGCUGCUGCUGUUGCUGCUGCUGCUGCUGCAAAGGGAGCUGGAGAGCUGUGGGAGGCAGCUAGACUUGCGCUGCAGCAGCAAGCAGCAGCAGUAGCAGCAGCAGAUGCACUACAUUGGUGUGCUGCUGCUGCUGCUGCAAGCAGCACAGGCUUGCUGCAGCAACGCCAUGAAGCACCAUCAGGAGCUGCAGGAAUGGCAGCAGCGGCAGCAGCAGCAGCAGCAGGAGCAACGGCAGAAGCAAAGGCAGUCAGGUCUGCUGCUGCAACUGCAGCAGCAGCAGCAGCAACUGCUUCUGCUGCUGCUGCUGCAUGGGUUGGCUUGCAGCGCGCUCUCCGUCUAUGGGAGGGGCCACCAGCCCCGCGGCUGUCUGCUGCUCUUAGGUUAAUAAGCAGCAGCAGCACGGCUGCUGCUGCUGCUGCUGUUGAGGAUACGGAAGCUGCAAAGGAAAGCGAAACAGUGUCUAAGGAGCCAGAAGCAGCAACAGCAGCAACAGCAGCAACAGCAGCAGCAGCAACACCAACAGCAGCAACGAAAUCCCUAGGCAACGACGCUGUACUCCUCUGGCUAGCUGCGGAGCUGCUGGCAGCAGAAACACAGCAGCAGCAACAACAGCAGCAGCAAAAGCAGCAGCAGCAGCAGCAGCAAUUAGACCAUGAAUUGACUUCUGCACGCCGGCAUUUGCUGCAGGCUAUUCUCUCAAUGGCGCAUGCAGCAGCACCUAAAAAGAAAACUACUGCUGCAGUUGCUGCCAGACGUCUGGGUGUGCUGCUGCUGCUGCUGACAGCAGCAAACCGCCUAGGCGCCUUCGAUGCCCUCCACUGGCAGUCGCUGCAGCAGCAGCAGCAGCAGCAGCAACAGCAGCAGCAUGCAGCAAUAGAGGAAGAAGCCCAGCUGCAGCGCGAAAUUUUUCAGGUGCUGCUGCCUGGUUUAGCUGAAAGUUUUGCUGCGCUGCUGUCAAGACAGCAGCAACAGACUAAACCCCGUGACGCAGACACAGCAGCAGCAGCAACAGGAAUAGCAGCAGCAGCAGCGCAAACCCUGCAUUUGCUGCGUCAGGCUCGUGCAACACACGAACCGCUGCUGCUGCAGCUGGCUGCUGCCAUUGACCACGCAGCAGCAGCAGCAGCGGCAGCAGUAGCAACAGCAGAGCCCCAAGCAGCAGUGUUUGCUGCACUUAAGCCGCCGCUGCAGCUGCUGUCGGAUGCUGCAUGCAGCCAAGAGGCUUCUCCUGGUCUUGCUGCUGUUGCUGCUGCUGCGCUACGCCUCGCUGGAGUGCUGCAGCAGCAGCAACAACAGCAGCAGCAACAGCAGAAUCAGCAGCAGAGGCAGCAGCAGAUGAUGAUGCAGCUGCCUCAGACCGUCCGGGUGUUGCGGCUCGCGCUGACCGGCCUCUUUGCUGCCAGCAACGCAACAGAGCAGCAGCAGCAGCAGCAGCAGCAGAAAGGUUACCGAGGGUGGGAUGCAGAGUCAGCAGCAGCCUACCGUUCGUUGCUGCAGGAGGCAAUUGAUGCAGCAGAACCGUUGCUGCAGCGGCUGCAUACAGCAGGAGCAGCAGCAGCAAGUGCUGCUGCUGCUGCUGCACCGCAUGCAGCAGCAGAUCCCCUAAUGGAGGAACUAAGGCAGCUGCAGGGCCGCGGUGUCUCCGUAUUGGGGCAAGGGGACAACGGAGAAAAACAGCAGCAGCAGCAGAAGCAGCAGCAGCAGAAGAAGAAGAAGCAGCAGCAGCAGCAGGAAGAGGGCCUGCUGCAGAGCGCUGCUGCUCCCAUUGCUCCUUCCUGCUGCAGCAAAUUGUUUGCUGCAGCAGACUGGCGGCUGCUGCUGCGAAGGGCAUCGUUACUAGAAGGAGACAGCAGCCACCAACUGUCUGCUUUGCACAAGGAGGUGAGCGCUGCUUUGCAUGCACUGAAGAUACCUCAUAGUAACGAGGCAUGGACAGAAGACGGUUUGCUGCUAGACAUGCUGCUGCAGCAGCAGCAGCAACAGCAGCAGAAGAAACAGCAGCAGCAGCAGCAGCAGCAGAAGUAUCAACAGCUAGCAGUAGAAGCAGACGGCCCGCUGCAUUUCGUUUGGCGCUGCCCCGAAGCGCAGCAGCAGCAGCAGCGGCAGCAGCGACGACAGCAGCAACAGCAACAGCAGCAGCAGCAGCAGCAGCAGCAGCAAUAUGGUCUAACAGCACUAACAGCAUUAAAAAGGCAUUUGCUGCUGCACUGCAGCAAUUCGUUUGUUGCUGUUGACACCUGGAGGUGGGCAGCCCUCAGCAGCAGCAAAGACAAGCAGCAGUUCCUGCUGCAGCUGCUGCAGCAGCAGCAACAGCAGCAGAAGACACGAUAG